AUGACACUUCCACCUGGUAAGCGACAACGUCGAUUGAUCCUAUCUGACGAUGAUGAACCUGUGGUCAAGACUCGGAGAGCUCCGCCUCGUCUGGCUUCAGUGCCCACGAAGACACUUCCAACACGAAAGUCUACCCAGUCAAAUGCAACAACUAAGAAGCCGAAAGUGAAUAAUCCCCCAAAGGAUACCCCCAAGUCAUCUCCUGAGAAGGGAACCAGAGGGGACCUUAAAGUAAAAAAGCAAAGCAAGUCGUUACAUACCUUCUUUGGCAGAGCCACCGAAGAACAGCGAUGGGCUCGAAAGGACAAGACUCCUCCAUCGGUUCUCGAGGACGGCGAGAACGGAGAUGACAUAGAAGAUGACUCUCUAGAUGAAGCGUUUGCCGAAGUCGCAAAUGCUGAAGCGGAUGAGAACAAAGUUCUUGACCGGAGGAAAGCAGCAGAGCUUACCUUGCGGACCGGAGCGUUGAAAUCUUUCGGAAAUGGUGUUCCCUCAAGUCAGAAGUUUGCGAAGCCAUCGACACCAGCAGCAAAAGAGAACAAGGCGUUUCCAGCGCAGGAUAAUGACGUUUCCAGUCGACCUUGGGCGGAGAGAUUUGCACCUGUAUCUCUUGAUGAGCUGGCUGUACACAAGAAGAAAGUUACAGAUGUCCAGAAUUGGCUGAGUGCUGUCUUACAGGGCCGAGAUCGACGUCGACUACUUGUCUUGAAGGGCCCUGCCGGCAGUGGCAAGACUACCGCAAUGUCAUUACUCUCAAAGGCCAUGGGGUUUGGCAUAUCAGAAUGGAGAAGUCCUACUGUUGCUGAUAGUGGCUUGAAUUCCUUCUCCGCUCAAUUCGACGAUUUCCUGAAUAGGGCCGGGGCCUUUGGGACUCUCAACUUUUCAGGCGACAAGUCUCAGCUAGACCAAUCAGCAACGCCAACAGAACUUGAGAAACGAGUACUACUGGUUGAGGAGUUUCCAAGCACUAUGACUCUAUUCUCUUCUGCUCUUGCAUCAUUUCGGAACAUACUUUUACAAUAUCUUGCAGCCGCGGUUCCUCCACGCUCGGCUGCAUUCGAGCAGUCAAAAUCAAAUCUCACCUCGCACCCACCCCUUGUGCUGAUCAUCUCUGAAUCUUUGUUGACAUCCGCUACCGCUUCUGCAGAUAGCUUCACAGCUCACAGGCUUCUUGGACCAGACCUGUGCAACCAUCCAUAUGCUACUAUCCUAGAGUUCAAUCCUAUUGCUCCAACUCUGGUCACGAAAGCAUUAGAGCUAGCAAUCAGAAAGGAAGCAAGAGUUUCCAAGAGACGGAGGGUACCCGGACCGGCCGUCCUAAAACGACUCUCCGAACUCGGUGAUGUAAGGAGUGCCGUCAACGGACUGGAGUUUCUGUGUGUACGAGGUGACACUGAUUCUGACUGGGGUGGCACAACCGCGACAAAAAUAAAGAAGUCCAACAAGAGCAGCUCGGGAUUGACAAGUAUGGAGAAAGACUCGCUAGAGCUUGUCACCCAACGAGAGGCAACUUUAGGCAUUUUCCAUGCCGUUGGAAAAGUCGUUUGGAACAAGAGAGAGGAACACCCAAUCGCAGAUCCAACAAGUGAACCAUCACCUAAACCACCAGAUCACCUGUCAGCGUUCGACAGGCCAAAAGUCUCACAAGUCGAUAUUGACGAACUGCUCAACGAGAUUGGCACGGACAUCCAAACAUUCACAGCUGCCCUACAUGAAAACUACAUCCUAUCAAGUAACGGCUCCCAAUUUACCGAGUCAGCGGCAAAUUGCACCGACUUCCUCUCCGACAGCGAUCUCAUCAGUCCAAGCAGUAGACAGCUCACACGUUCGUGCCGUUCAAACCUCGGAGCCGGAGGCAGUCUUACACAAGCCGCCGGCGGCGUUGACAUGCUUCGCCAAAACGAAAUCAGCUUUCAGAUCGCCGUCCGCGGACUACUAUUUUCCUUACCAUCACCCGUAAGCAGAGCCUCACAUCCAAAUGGCAGGAAGGGCGACUCGUUCAAGAUGUUCUAUCCCGCUUCACUGAAGAUAUGGAAGCCGAGCGAGGAGAUCUACGAUCUUAUUUCUCUAGAAAUGGGUCGUAUGUUGACUCCUGCAGGCACCGGCAGUCCUGGAUCCGCGAACCAUGGUGGCAGCAGAGGAGAAGGCGUCGAGUCAUGGAGGUCGAGAAGUUUCUCUUCCUUCUUACCUGCAAAACAUGAUCACGAUAUCGGUGCUGCUCAAGAAGAAGGAGCGCACGGAGAUUCAAGUCCUCCUCGUGUGUGGGCUACCCGCGACGAGGUCCUACUCGAGCGUCUGCCCUACAUGGCCCGAUUAAAAUCAGAGAAUACCCGUGAGAUCAAGAAGAUCACACAGCUUCAUGGCAUUCAAUUGAACGGGGAAGACGAAGCAGAUGAGCACAGUACCGAAGCUGCAGAAGUGGAUCUCUCUGCUGCGGACGAGACGACCGAUCGGGCCGUCUCUGCUUCGCCACGGAAAGGAGGGAGCGGGAGCUGGCGUGGUGUCGAUGCCAAGAGGCAGGAUUUGAUGAUGCGCAGCACCCGGGUGGGCGUGAGCGUUGAGAAUGAGGAGGCCAGACUGGAGAAGUUGUAUAUCUCGGAGGAUGACAUCGAGGAUGAGUGA